AUGCUCCGAUCGGCGGUCAUUACGCGCUCCCAGCAGAUCAAGCAAGCUGUCGGGCGCCAGUUUGCGUCCGCCGCGGCAGCAGCUGCUGAAAGCGCGGGGAAGAGCAAGGUGAAGGCGAAGUCGACGGGAGGAAGCAGCGGCGGGAAGAAGAAAGCUUUGGAAGACCAAGGGAAGGCGGCCUCCAUUGUGGAGGCGGCGCUUCGUCAUGCUCAAGUAGAGCUGCCAAAUCUGGAUGAGGCGACUCAGGAGGAGGAGAAGCGGAUGGCGAAGGAGUACUCGAGGUUGAUGAUGCAGAAGCACCACCAGCAGAGAGGGGCCGAGUCAGCCAGGCUCAAGCUCAAGCUGGCCGCCAUCCAAGCCCUACCUGCUGGCAAGCUUAGAGAUGCCGCCAUGCUUCCAGAUUUCACUCCCUUCCCGUCCAAUCGGAUUGCACCAUCUCUGACACCUCCAAUCAAGGAGCUGCAAGAGGAAAGAGCAAGGACUAGCGACCAACAGGUUCCCUCAGACGCGCUCACGCCGCCUCGACUCACUUUCCCCAUGCUCCCCUUGCAGCGUUCCUCCUUGUUACGUCAACGUGUCGGCCGUGCCGCGGCGAUGGAUGGGAAUUGGACCACGCAGCGUCGCACCCGGCGGAGCGACCAUUCACGUGCGUGCACGACUCGCAUGUGGCGGCGCGCAGCAGAGAGCACACGCGCCGGCAACUGGCGUCGUACCGCACAGGGUGGGUGGGGUGAGGCGUGGGCAGGCGCCGGUAGUGUGGGGGGGCAGGUGGAAGAGAUGGAAGGAGGGAUGAGAGAGCACGGGCGACGAAUGGCGUCGAGGGCAGCCCCUCGUCUUUUUGUGCUCACGUCCCUUCCUCUCCGCACCUCUCAGGUUCGGCCAAGCAUCAUGCAUAUUGCGCCUAAUCCCGCCCACCCCGCUGACCGCGUUGACCGCAUUGACCGCAUGGAGCAGGUGUCGUCGGUGGAGCAGGACCUACCCGACGACCCCCUGCGGGCGAAAUACAUCCAAGGCACGCUCGUGCCCGACGCGCUCAGCUACCUGAGUCGGCUGCUGUCCGUGCGCGUGCUGCCGCCCGACCCGCUGUUGCUGCCCGUGGCGUGCGCCGCGUUCACCGCGCUCUCCAACGGCUCCUCCGCCUGCACGCAGCUCGCGCCCAUGUGCGACGCCGAGGUGGACAUCGACGUGGACCCGUCCCUGCUGGCGGCGCAUUCGCUCUGCCAAUCAGAGGACCCCGCCACGUGUGGGGAAGUGGCAGCUGGGACAGGCACACCUGGUGCUGACGUCAUCCUGUUCCUCUCAGCCAAGCAAACGGCGACGUGCGGCAGCACGACAGCGGCGGCCCACGCGUCGCACUGCGCGGUGGACCCCGCGUCGAACCGCCCUCUCGCCGCGUCGCUCAACCUCUGCCCGCUGGCUUGGCGCGCCGUGGGGCAGCACUCGCCGUCGUACGACUCGCAGGUACCGCCGGGGGAGAAGAAUGCGCAGGGUGCUCGGCGCGUGCACGUGGUGCUGCACCAGCUCACGCACGCGCUCGCCUUCAGCUCCGCGCUCUUCCCGCUCUUCAAGGACGUGCGAGGCCAGCCGUACGCGCAGGUGGUGGCGACGGUGCGGCAGGCGGACGGCAGCAACGUGUCGAAGAUCGUCACGCCCGCCGUGGUCGCCGCGGCGCAGCGCCACUUCGACUGCCCCGCGCUCGACGGCGCCGAGCUGCACUCCGCCCCGCCCUCCGUCUCCGCGCCCGCCUCCUCCCCCGCCUCCGCGCCUCCUGCGGAAGCGAACAGCACGGAGUGGGGGUCACUGGUGGUGUCAGCGCAGCCGGAGGAAGCGCUGACGGGGGGAGUGGCGCUGGACGGAGUUGGGGGGGGCGAGGGCGGGGAGGUGGUGAGCAGCCAUUGGAGCGUGCUGCGCUUCGAGCACGAGUACAUGGUGAGGUGGGAAGCAGGGAGAGAGAGCGAGAAGAGGGCAAUGGCAGCGAGCAGCCAAUACGCCCCUACUGGACGGGGUGCCGGUGGUAUCGGAGCUAACACUAGCGCUAUUCCAGGACAGCGGGUGCCGCUGACAUGCUCCUCCGACUUCCUCUCUGUCGCCACCUGUGACUCGGGCUGCGGCCCUUCCUCUUCUUCUUCCUCCUCCUCCCCCGCGACCUGCCUCUUUGGCACGUGCAAGCACAAGACCAGUGUGGAGUCGCAGCGCUGCCAGGCGCCACGUGGAGCGGAGGAGAGCCGGUCAGCGGAGGUGCAGCAGCUGGGCAUGGCGUACGGCCCGGCGUCACGCUGCUUCCUGCACGGUCCGCAGUUCUUCGACUAUGCCUUUGGUGCCGGCGCCACCCCGCCCCCCGGCGCCGGCUGCUACCCCAUGCGCUGCGUCCCCUCCGCCUCCGCCUCCCGUGACUCCCGCUCCGCUGAAUCCGCUGAUGACCCCCCCACUGCUCCCGCCCUGGAUCCCUCGGCUGGCGCCAACGGCAACGGCAGUGCUGCCGUCGCCCCCAAGGCGCAGGGCGGCAGCGCGCUCUCGCUGCCCGCCCCUUCCUCCACCCCCAAGCGGCAGCUGCGGGGCAAGGGCAAGGGGAAGGGCAAAAAGGGGGGGCGGGGGAAGAGGGGGGGCGGGGGGAUGGUGGUGGAGGUGCGCGUGGGCGCGCAGUGGUACGCGUGCCCCUCAGGCCGCAUGGUGGCGCUGGACCAGGGCGGAGGGGACUUCCACGGGGGCUCCAUCGGCCCCUGCCCUGACAACCGCCGCAUGUGCCUCUCCGCCUCCUGCCCCAACGACUGCUCGGGGAAAGGUAUAUGCUACAACAGCACGUGCUACUGCCUGCCCGGCUAUGCUGCCGCUGACUGCAGCCAGCCCCUCGCUCUGCCCCAUCUCCCGUUCUCCCCCCCGACAAUCCCCCUUCAGGUGGCGUGUUCACCGCUCGCCCUCACACCCGCCUCCACCUGCCGCGCGCCUGCCUCCUGCGACCACGCCUCGGGUCUCUGCCUCCUGCCCUCCGGCCGCCCCUCCCCCCUCCCCCUCGCCGCCGCGCCCCCCUACACUCCCCCGCCGCCCCCCUCCCCGCCUGCUCCACCUAUCUUCCCCCCGCCCGGCGCCCCACCCGCCCCUGGAAGCACCGCCAACAGCAGCACCGGCAGCAACAGCAGCGGCAGCAGCAACGGCACCAUAGGCAUAGGGGGAGAGGCGCCGCAGCACGGGGUGCUGGUGCGCAGCGUGGUGGUGCUGGGGGGCGCCAACAUCAGCGCCAUCCGCGAGGGCGCGCGCCUGCAGGAGUUCCAGGCGCAGUUCCAAGCGCAGAUGAGCGCAGCGGCGCGCGCGACGGGGUACGAGGGGCAGGUGGAGGUGGCGAUCGACGCCAUCUAUGCCGGCAGCAUCCUCGUGCACUCCACCGUCAACUUCUUCCAAGCCACCAGCUUCAACAUGCCUGGCGUGCUGCUGCACAACCUCAUCACGUCCCCAGCGAUGAUAUUCGCAGCAUCAUCCUACUUCCUGGCGCUGCCCUCCGGGCGCAUCUCGUCCUUCAACUGCUCCAUGGCCGCCGCGCCCGCCUCCAACAGCGCGCCCCAGGGCGCCGAGGGGCCGCCCCUGGGCAUCUCGUACGGCGCGUGGGCCGCCAUGGCUGCCGCCAUCCUCGUGGCUGGCGUCGCCAUCUGCACCCAUCAAGAAGGCGACGCGAGGCGCUACUCUACGCACAGUAAGUGUCGCAUCACCCUCACAGCCUUCCUCUUCCUGCCCGCCCUCACAGCCUUCCUCUUCCUGCCCGCGCUCACUGCUCAACCCGCUUCCGUCCACCCUUCCUCCCCGCCUGCCUCUCAUUCCCUCCUGCCUCUGUGUGUUCCCUUCCGCGUGCCCCAACCAUCCCUCCCCCUUGCGAGCAGCGGGUACGACGCGACAGGGGCGCCGUGGUACAUGGAGGGGGAGGAGUACGAGGACGACAUGGAGGCGGACCUCGACCUUGAUCUCGACCCCCUCGAGGCCUACGCGCAGGUACGCUUCCUCUCCUCUCCCACCCCCCCAACCCUGCUCACGCCAUGGGCCUCAUGGGCGCUUGCCGCAUGUGUGUUGGGUGUGCGCACAUCAUGCCACACCCGCAUGCCCCUCCCUCCCUCCCUCGCUCAUCACCCAUCUUCCCCUUUCCCUCCACGUCCUUCGUUCCUCCCCCACUCGCCCCGCCAACAGCUGGUGGCGGAGGCACAGCAGCACCAGGGGGGCGACAUGGGAGGAAUGGGCGGCAUGGGGGGGAUGGGCGGGAUGGGGGAGGAGGGCAUGCAGGGGGGCAUGGCGCAGCUGUCAUCCCUGCCGUCAUCGCUGCAUGCAGCAGCCUUCAUGGCUGCAGCAGCAGGGGGUGGCGCAGCACCCCCUCCAGGACCCUCCCCCCCUCUCCUCCCCGCCAGUGAGCGCCUCCCUGCGCCCUCUCGCCCUCUCUUCGCCCUCCCGUCCUUCUCAUCGCGCCGCCACCCCUCCGCCUUCAAGCCCUCGCGUGCCAUCUCAGGCCCCAUCCUCUUCCACGCACCCACCAACAGCACCUUUGGAAGCGGUUCCGCCAUGCCCCGCCCCCCCUCUGGCCCGCUGCUCCCCCCUUCCUCUGCCGCCAGGGAGACCGCCAGGCUUGGGGGGGGCGGUCAGGGGGACGACGACGCGGAGGGGCAGGAGGGGUGUGAGGGGAAGGGCGCAGGGGGGGGCGUGGAGGAAGGGGAGGAGGCGUGGGCGAGGGCGGCGUUGAGGCGGCUGGUGCGGUCGGUGUCGGGGCCGCUGGCAGUCAUCUGGGCGUCCGACCCGCGCCCCCCCGCGCCCGCCACGCCGCACCACCCCCACCCCUACCACCCGCACCGCCUCUCUGGCCGCCUGCGCAUGGGCGGCGCCUCCGGGCGGCUGUCUGGGCGGCUGUCCGGGCGGCUGGUGGCAGGGCGGCCAGCGGGCGGGCCGAGGCGGUCGGGGGAGCUGAGGCGAUCGGGGGAGCUGGCAGAGGGGGCGGGCGCGCGGGCAGGGGGGAGGCGGUUCCCCUCAGGCGAGCUGGGCGCGGGGAUGGGCGCAGGGGGAAGGCAGAGGGGGAUGUCAGGGCCAAUCGAUGCCAUGGGGCGGCCUGCAGGGGCAGAGUUCAUGGGCGUGGGCACGGGCGUGGGCAGGCAUGCUGGGGGGCUGGGUGGGGGCACAUUGCCCCUGUCCCUCGCUGCAGGCAGCUACGCUGGCAGUUAUGGAGGGAGCUACGGGGGGAGCCAUGGGGGCAGUCACGGGGGCAGCAACGCAGGCAGCCAGCCCGGCACACAGCCACAGUCACCGUCCAACCGAGGGGGGGCAGGGCGGCGGGCAGGGGGUGAGCAGGAGGCGGAGGGCAGUGCGGCAGUGGGGUCGCUGAGUGGGAUAGAGCCGUCGCUGCUGCACCAGAUGCACCUGCACGGCAUGCACCUCCCCCACCACCUCCCCAUCCACGCGUCCGCCUCGCAGCCCUCCAUGGCCGCCCACGGGCAUCCCUCACCACAGCCGGGGGCACAGGGCGCAGCAGCGGCAGCAGGAGGGGAGGGCGGGGCGGCGCGCAUGGUGCGGGUGGGCUCUGCGGAUUCCGCUGCUGCUGCUGCUGCCGCCGCUGCAGGGGGGCCAGGGGGUCUACCGCGGGCGAGCAGUGGGGGGCUGCCGGGCACGGGGGGCUCCACGCCCACUCUCAGGCGCGGCCUCUCUGUGUCUCCCUCCCACCGCGCUGCUCUUGUCGCCGCCCUCGCUGCUGCUGCAGGUCAGCCCACUGCCCCACCGUCUCUGUCGUUGCACAACGCUGACCCACAGUACCCCGUGGAGGACAGCGGUGCCGACUACGCCCCCACGCCCUCCAUGCUGCGCUCCCGGAGCAUCCGUGUGGGUCGCUCGGGCCACCUCACUGCCUCAGGUCAGCUCAACCCUUCCGGGCAGCUCAGGGCCUCCGGGCAGCUGCGAACGUCUGGGCAGCUGCGGCGGCUGGCGUCAGGGCAGCUGCAGGUGCCGGAUCACCUGAACCUGAACAGCACCACCACUGCCUAUCCCACGGGCCACACCAAUGGUGGCACCAACGCCAGUGGCAGCGGCGCAUGGUCAUACUCUGCCAUGGGCCCGCCUGCCCAUGCUGCCCCCUCUGGCUCCACCGACACCACCGCUGCUGCAGGGGCGGGGGGAGGCGAGCAUCAUGUGCGCAUGUCCGGGCAGUUGGUGGGUGGGGGGGCUGCCGAGGGCGGUGGUUCGGGCAUCGCAGGGUCGGGCAUAAGUUCGGGGAUAGGUUCGGGGAUUGCAGGGUCGGGCAUGCUGUCGGCAUCAGGGUCGGCGUGGGGGCAGAUGCCGCACUUUGCUCAGCUGAACCGGUCGGGGCAGCUGAGAAUACUCAAGCAGCUGGGCACUCAUGGGGCAGGCACUCCUCCCAUGGCCAUGCAUGGCCACGGGCAGGGGCAGGGGCAACACGGGCAUCAUGGGCAGGCAAGGCAAUCGUCCCCCCGUGCUGCUUCCCCACAAGCCGGCAGCCAUCCAGGCCAGUCAUUCCAGCAGUCAAUGCAGUCAAGCCAGUCAAUGCAGCAGGCAAGGCGGGCAGUGUCCGGGGUUGUGCGCUUCUCCAACCCGCUGGCUGCCGCCCACCACACCGCCUCCUCCGGGCAGCUCAACGCGCCCCAGCGCGGCGCCAACCAAUGGCUGCGCAGAGCCCGCUCCAAUGUGGGGCUGUCCGGGCAGGUUGAAAUGUCGGGCAGGGUGGCGCAAUCAGCGCAGAUGGUGAGAGUGCCCAGCAACGGGGAGUACUCUGUUGCCCAGGUUACCCCAUCCGGGCAGCUGAGAAGAAAUCUCUCUUCUUUCGCAACUUCGGGGCAGCUUCGGAACCCGUCAGGUCCGUUCGCCCAGUGGGGACGGGGGGGAUCGGGGCGGCGGGAGGAGCUGGCAGAGGCAGCAGAGAUGGCGGCAGAGCAGGCAGAGAUGGCUGAUUUCUACACCCGCAUGCGCAAUAAGGCCACUUCCGGGCCCAUCUACUUUGGAUGA